AUGAUUUCAUCAGCAUAUAUACUCUAUUUAGAUAUUACAGCACAUUGGGUGACAUCUAAAUUUGAAUUAUAUAAUAAUGAAUUACUUCUCAGUAUAAAAAAACUUUCAUAUCCACAUGGUGCAACUGAAAUUCAGGAACAUUUGAUUGAUUUGUUUAGUAAAUGGAAAAUUCAUUUAAAAAUUACAGCUAUAGUGAUUGACAAUAAUUCAAAUGUAAAGAAAAUAAAAGCUGAUAACACCUGCUGGAAUUUAACAUUAUAUGCAUUUCAAAGACUUAUUAUUCUUAAACCAGCAAUUUCAAUGUUGAAAACUUUUUUAAUUAAUAAUAGAAGUUCACGUAUUCACAAGAAGGGUGAAAAAUUAAAAGAGUUAUAUCCAAUUGCAAAUGAAUGGAAAGUAAUUAAAGAAAUGGUAAAACUUUUAAGUCCUUUUGAAAGUGUAACAUGCCUUUUAAAUGAAACUGAAGUAGCAGAAAUAGUAGAAAAGCAAUCUUAG